AUACGCAUUUCACAGCUUCCGUGGUCGGAGGGAGCUUGUGCACGUGAACGUCCAAUCCUGUUAGUGCCUGCAGUCUCUCAAUAUGACAUCAGCUGGAAACACCAUCGAUGAUGAGGAUACCUUCAAGAUCCUCAUUGCCACUGACAUUCAUCUGGGUUACCUGGAGAAAGAUGCCAUCAGGGGCAAUGACACGUUUGUGACGUUUGACGAGAUAAUGAAACAAGCCGUGCAGAAUGAGGUUGACUUUGUUUUGCUGGGUGGGGAUUUGUUUCAUGACAACAAACCAUCCCGCAAGACCAUGCACUGCUGCAUAGAGGUGAUGAGGAAGUACUGCAUGGGUGACCGACCAAUCGUCUUUGAGAUCCUCAGUGAUCAGGCUGUCAAUUUCAGCCAAAGCAAGUUUCCGUGGGUUAACUACCUGGACGAGAAUCUCAACAUUUCCAUCCCUGUCUUCAGUGUACAUGGUAACCAUGACGACCCCACUGGGGCGGACGGUCUCUGCGCUAUAGACCUGUUGAGCUGUGCUGGUCUGGUCAAUCAUUUUGGCCACAGUCGUUCGGUGGAAAAACUGGAGGUCAGUCCAGUUCUUCUUCAAAAAGGAAAAACCAACAUUGCACUCUACGGCAUUGGUUCCAUUCCAGACGAGAGGCUGUACCGGAUGUUUGUUAACAACCAGGUGACCAUGCUUCGGCCCAAAGAGGAUGAAGACAGCUGGUUCAACUUGUUUGUCAUCCAUCAAAACAGGAGUAAGCAUGGGGCAACUAACUACAUCCCAGAGCAGUUUUUGGAUGAUUUUCUGGAUCUGGUUGUCUGGGGUCACGAACAUGAGUGUAAAAUUGCUCCAGUUCGUAAUGAACAGCAGCUCUUCUAUGUCACACAGCCCGGCAGCUCAGUCGUCACCUCACUGUCACCGGGAGAAGCGGUCAAAAAACACAUUGGGUUAUUGAGAGUGAAGGGUAAAAAGAUGAAUCUUCAGAAAAUUCCUUUACAGACCGUCAGGCAGUUCUUCAUUCAGGACAUCAUGCUCUCUGACCAUCCUGACAUUUUCAGGCCGGAGCAACCCAAUGUCACGCUGAAAGUCCAGGCUUUCUGUCAGGAGAAGGUUGAAGAGAUGCUUGAAGAGGCAGAGAGAGAGAGACUCGGAAAUCCACAAACCCCUGAAAAACCGCUCAUCAGACUACGAGUGGAUUAUAGUGGCGGUUUUGAAGUGUUUAACACCAUGCGCUUCAGUCAGAAGUUUGUAGAUCGAGUGGCAAAUCCCAAAGAUAUCCUGCAUUUCAUCAGACACAGAGAAGCCAAAGACAACAUUAAAGAGGAAGGUAUGGACUUUGGAGCACUGCUCUCUCGUCCCAGCUCUGAGGUCUUACAGCUGAGAGUGGAAGAUCUUGUGAAGGAAUACUUCCAGACAGCCGAGAAGAAUGUGCAGUUGUCUCUGCUGACAGAGCAAGGCAUGGGGAAGGCAGUGCAGGAGUUUGUGGAUAAGGAGGAGAAAGAUGCUAUCGAAGAACUCAUAAACUACCAGCUGGAGAAAACUCAGCGCUACCUCAGAGAACGCCGUGUGGAGGCCACAGAGGAAAAGAUCGAUGAGGAGAUUCUGAGAUUUCGAGAAUCAAAGAGAAACACAGCCGAGGAGGACGAGGAAGUACAAGAGGCUAUAAAUCGUGCAAAAGCUCAUAGAGACCGCAGUGAUACUGUGAGAGACAAUGAUAACCUAUCAGACGACCCGGCUGACGUUGCUAUGGAGUCUGAUGAGGAGUCCAUCCCUGCUCCUCCAAUCCGUGGAAGAGGGCGUGGCUCCAGAGGGGGAAGAGGUCAAAGCACUAGCAGAAGAGGAAGAGGAAGAGGUGCUGCAUCUCAGUCAGCCUGGGGCGGACGUGGACAUAAAGGACCUCUCUCUAGUCCACUGAAAACCAAGUCAAUAAUGGAUGCGUUCCAGGCUCCGACCCAGAGGAGCUCUCGUGGAAAUGCUCCAAAGUCCUACGCUGAUGAGAUCACUAUAGAGGACAGUGACUCAGAUGAGAAUGCAUCAUUUGUUAAAGCUUCAAAGCCAACACAAAAGACAUCUUCAAAAAGCUCCAGUAGGAUGGGCUCCCAGAGCCAAGGAGUGUGCUUUGAUGACAAUGAGGAAGAGUUUGAUCCAUUUAAGGGCUCAAGACAGCAGCACAGAUGAUGACAUAUGUCUUCUCAUUAAUAUACUACUUUUUCUCAGUCCUUCCACAGUCUGUGAAGAGUUUUGACUAAACCUGUUUUAUGUUCAAGGUUAACUUACAGUUGUUUUAAAAAAACCUUGUUUAAAUCACUGUCUUUUAUACUGGUGCAUCAUUUUUCCAGGAAUUUAAGGACAUGCAUCCAUGUGAGUUUAUCAGUGUAUAAAGUAUGUUUAAAUUUGUUCCAGGCCAUUAAAAAGCAUCAACCGUUCUCCUUCA